UGUCUGGACCCCCCAGGCUUCCUCUCCCUCGGACUGAGCGGUCCUUGUAUUAUCAAUCAGUUGGAUGGACUCUGACUCUUCAGGUUUCCUUUAUAGAUCAAUAAAGUUAUUCUACACCAAACUGCCAAACUUCUGCGGACAUCUGACCAAUCACACCCCCAUAUCCGAUCAUUGGACAUCUCAUUCCAGAACCAUCAAUAUGGAGUUACCCCCCCCCCCCCAUGGCCAUCAAUAUGGAGUUACCCCCCCCCCCAUGGCCAUCAAUAUGGAGUUACCCUCCCCCCAUGGCCAUCAAUAUGGAGUUACCCUCCCCCCAUGGCCAUCAAUAUGGAGUUACGCUCCCCUCCCCCCAUGGCCAUCAAUAUGGAGUUACCCUUCCCCCAUGGCCAUCAAUAUGGAGUUACCCCCCCCCCCCCCAUGGCCAUCAAUAUGGAGUUACCCUCCCCCCAUGGCCACCAAUAUGGAGUUACCCUCCCCCAUGGCCAUCAAUAUGGAGUUACCCUCCCCCCAUGGCCAUCAAUAUGGAGUUACCCCCCCCCCAUGGCCAUCAAUAUGGAGUUACCCUCCCCCCAUGGCCAUCAAUAUGGAGUUACGCUCCCCCAUGGCCAUCAAUAUGGAGUUACCCUCCCCCAUGGCCAUCAAUAUGGAGUUACCCUCCCCCAUGGCCAUCAAUAUGGAGUUACCCUCCCCCCAUGGCCACCAAUAUGGAGUUACCCUCCCCCAUGGCCAUCAAUAUGGAGUUACCCUCCCCCCAUGGCCAUCAAUAUGGAGUUACCCCCCCCCAUGGCCAUCAAUAUGGAGUUACCCUCCCCCAUGGCCAUCAAUAUGGAGUUACGCUCCCCCAUGGCCAUCAAUAUGGAGUUACCCUCCCCCAUGGCCAUCAAUAUGGAGUUACGCUCCCCCCAUGGCCAUCAAUAUGGAGUUACGCUCCCCUCCCCCCAUGGCCAUCAAUAUGGAGUUACCCUCUCCCCAUGGCCAUCAAUAUGGAGUUACCCUCCCCCCAUGGCCAUCAAUAUGGAGUUACCCUCCCCCAAUGGCCAUCAAUAUGGAGUUACCCUCCCCCCAUGGCCAUCAAUAUGGAGUUGCCCCAUUUGUGACCACCCUCCACUCUUCUGGGAAGAGUUUCCACAAGAUUUUGUCGGGUGUCUGGUCCCACCAUGUCUGUAUGGAGCUGGCUUUGUACACGGGGGGGGGGGUCACAUACUUUUGGUCAGAUGUCCCCAAACCUCCGUACAUUGAGACUCCUCCCACGAGGCCGAUGGUUUUUCUAUUUAUUUCACUUUUCAGGGAAUGACGAGGACUAAAGCUUUAAUUCUUUUUCAUGUCAUUUGUUUUAAUUUAAAUUUUUAUUCCAUUUGCCUUAAUCAUCAAAUCCGGAAAUUCGGAUGAAAUAAAUUCAGAUUAUUCUGCUGA